CACAGAGAGAGAACAGAGCAAGUGAGAGGACGGCUGCUGUGUCGAGCGUCAAGAGGAGAGAAGAACACAGGAGGAAACUCCAGUACCAUCCAUUAAGCUAUAACCUCUAACAAGUGUGAGUGGACAUCUGGACAUCUGGACAGCAAGACCAGUGCGAUGAUGGGCUGUACACUCAGCUGAGACAAACCUAAACAGCAAUCUUAAAUCCAUAAAAUUAAACCAAAGCCUGAUCCAAUGCAUCCAGCUACCGACUUCUACUUCGGCUGUGCCUAGCAAGGAGCCUGAUGACCACCAAAAAGCUGCAGCAGAUUUUACAUAAUGCCAAGGUGAAGAGUGUGUGUAUUCUUGUGCUGAUGUGUGUGCCCCUUGCCAUGGGGGGUAUCCGUGGGCCCUGUCGUAACUCCCUGACCAAAGAACACCUGCUCCAUGUCAAAAACCUGAUCAAUAACCAGCUCCAGAGUGGUUGCUACAUUACCUACACAUUCAUUGAACGAAGAAGCCUGGGAAAGGUGUGCUACGUGAAGGCAGCUCUACCCUGGACACUGGAACUGCUGAGUACACAUUUCCACUAUGUCUCCAGCUCAGAAAAUGGCAAAAACGCCCGCACACUCAAAGCCUUAAUACUAAACCUCUACUCCCAGCAUUGUGUUCCUGCCAUCAAUGAAGUAGAGGAGGACCCUGUGGCUUUUGAGCAUGUGUACUACGGUCCUCCCAAAGAGGCCUUGCUGAAGAUCCAGGAAGUGCUGUCCCUCUACCUGGAGAUCAUCACACAGAGCACCUCAGUAGUAGACUGGAGGUGUGAGGCAGAGUACGCCCAGUACGAGCCCUCGCCCUCGUCCACUAGCAUCCCAACAAGCACAGAUGAACCUGCAAAUGGACUCCUGGGCAGGAAGGCAAGAAGCGAAACAAGUGAAGAACAGCAUGCCUUUUACAAGCUUGGCUUUAUCACCGUGACUGCAUGUUGCGGAUUAUUGCUACCUAUCACAGUUUGCUGCUUCAUUAAGCUUAAGAGACUUCAAGAUAAUCUCCACCAAAUGCAGAUCAUGUCACAUGGGAGGUUCAAUCCAUACCAGCACAGCAUUGAGCUUCAGGAUCUAUCAGGUUUACCGCGACUACAUGCUUGACUUUCCUGCCAGAGCAAGCAUAUGGAGAAGCAGCAGGAGAACAUUCUUCCAUUGUUUCUCACAGACUACUUAGCAGACUGGAACACUUGCCAACACCAAGGCACAAAGCGUUUAUCACUUUGAGAGUCUAUUUUUUAUACAGAUGAGAUAUCUUUGUAUCUUGCAUU